GUAGUUGUUCGGGUGGUGACAGUGCGGUGCGAACGCUUGCGCGUCAAAGUAUAGGAAAAUGGCGGUUCGUAUACUGAAUAGACGUCAGUUUUGGUACGAUUCCUAGUAAAAUUUGUGUAGUUUUUCCGUUCGUUUUUUGUUAAUUUCGUUGGUUUUCGGUGGUGUGCUCUGUGAGGGGUGCGUGCGGUGAUUGUGAGCGGUGCGAGAGUCGAAAGAUGGAUCAUAAAAAGAGUCCGAUCCGUAGGACGAAACGACAAGCAAAAGUGCUGGAGGACAACUUCUGGGAUUGCAGUGUGUGCACGUACAGGAACACGGCGGAAGCCUUCAAAUGCCUGAUGUGUGACGUGAGGAAGGGCACGUCGACACGGAAGCCCAGGAUCAAUCCUCAGCUGGUGGCGCAGCAGUUCCACCCAGCCACCUCCAACCAGAAGAAAGAGAAGAAGGACAAGAGGGCGCUGAAGAAGAGGCGACACCCGCCGCGCCUGAAGAACGUCGACAGAAGCACCGCCCAGACGCGUGAGGUCACAGUGAACAGCGUCACCGUCGUCAUCACCGAAUAUAAGCCGAAGGUCAAGACGUCGACGGAGGCGAACAACACCAGCUCCGGAUCCUCCGAUCACGGCUCCCAUUCGGAGUCGAGCAUGGACGCACGAUGAAGAAGACGACGACGACAACGUUCAAGGCAACCAACAUCACCGCUGCUGCUGCUGCUGCCACCGCCGCCUCCGAUUUCCCCGCCCUCCUUUACAAAUGUCACUGACAUAAACACUCGCGCAGGACAAUGACACCGCCUGUGCUUCUCACGUGCGUCUGUUUACCUAUCAUGAUCAUCAUCACGUCCAGUUUUACUGCCCAACAGUGUGAUACCUCAGUACUUUAUAUAAAUAAAUCAAACUCAAGUUACCGCAGUUCAUCCAACCAAAAACAAAAGGAAAUAUAUAUUGUGACACAUAAAUAAAAAUAUAAAUAUAUAUAUAUAUAGAUAUACAAAAAAACAUUUGAAUGUCAUAGAUGUAUAGAAGAAGAAGAUCGCAUUUCCCGACCGCAACGAGACGUAGUCUACAAGAAGACAACAACAACUGCCAAAAGACGUCCUUCGAAAUGGAGAACCCUUUUUUUUCACUGCCGUUCGUCACAAUUUCCUUCAGGAACGAAAGAAAACGGAAACACUUCGCAUUGCAACGAACUGUUUCAGGGUAGUCUCAACAAGAUUCGCAAAUGAAAAAUCAAUCCCUGUUAUUAUAUUUCUCUUGUUAUCAUCAAUUUGUAAAAUAAACAGAUUUUUAAAUAACCAAUCGGUAAGUGCAAUCCAUAGGUGACCGAUUGUCAAGGGAUAAUAACUACAACAUUUCUUAUUGGAAUUAUCAAAAAAAAUGCAAUGAUUUUCACUGCAAAUUUAUGUAUAUUAUUACAGUUUUGUAACUUGAUGAAUGGAAAUGGAUCGAAUUUGCAGUUGCCGAGAAUCAAAAAAUACACGUGCAAUUUUUACACAUGGAGAAUGUGCCAAAAUUAAAAAAAAAAAGAAAAAACAUAAAACUUUACUAACAUCAACAUUUAUUUGCCUCAAUUUACGUAAACAUUGUAAAUCUUAAACGUACUCACAAUAAAUUGCAAUUGUCUUCCUGAAUGGAACAAAAACAAAAAAUAAAUAGUAAUCUUAUUUAAAA